AUGACAGACAUCAGUGAUUUGGACAGGCAAAUCGAGCAGCUACAGAGAUGUGAGAUUAUCAAAGAGAGUGAGGUCAAAGCCCUAUGUGCCAAAGCCAGGGAAAUACUCAUCGAGGAGGGAAAUGUGCAGGCAGUUGAUGCUCCAGUCACUGUCUGUGGUGACAUACACGGACAGUUUUACGACCUGAAAGAAUUGUUUACAGUUGGAGGGAAGGUGCCGGAGACCAACUAUCUCUUCAUGGGAGACUUUGUGGACCGAGGGUUUUAUAGUGUGGAGACAUUUCUCUUAUUGCUGGCCUUAAAGGUUCGAUAUCCAGACCGCAUCACUUUAAUACGAGGCAACCAUGAGAGCAGACAGAUCACACAAGUUUAUGGUUUCUACGAUGAAUGUUUACGAAAGUAUGGUUCUAUCACAGUGUGGCGCUACUGUACAGAAAUCUUUGAUUAUCUGAGUUUAUCAGCGAUCGUAGAUGGCAGAAUUUUCUGUGUGCAUGGUGGGCUGUCUCCGUCAAUCACAUCCCUCGACCAGAUUCGGCAGAUUGACCGGAAGCAGGAAGUGCCCCAUGACGGACCAAUGUGUGAUCUGUUGUGGUCUGACCCAGAAGACAUGCAAGGCUGGGGGGUCAGUCCUCGAGGUGCUGGCUACUUGUUUGGCAGCGACGUGGUCAAUUCCUUCUGCCAGGAGAAUGAGGUCGACUUGAUAUGCAGAGCCCACCAGCUGGUCAUGGAGGGCUACAAGUGGCACUUUGGUGAAAUGGUCCUGACUGUGUGGUCAGCCCCCAACUACUGUUACAGGUGUGGCAACGUGGCAGCAAUUUUAGAACUUGAUGAAAAUUUGAAGCGAGAAUUCACAAUUUUUGAAGCAGCACCACAAGAAUCCCGAGGCAUCCCAUCAAAGAAACCACAGCCGGACUACUUUCUUUAG